AUGCCGUGCAUGCGUGAAGAGAAUUUUAAACUUGUUUGGUCUCUUCCAGCAGUCGACGGGCCUUGCCUGCAAAUCACAGAACAACCAAAACAGAGGGGCUUCAGGUUCCGCUAUGGGUGUGAGGGCCCGUCUCACGGUGGGCUCCCAGGGGCCUCCAGUGAGAAGAACCGCAAGUCCUACCCACAAGUGCAGAUCUGUAAUUAUCAGGGCUCUGCACGUGUGGUGGUUCAGCUGGUGACCAACUCUCAGCAUCCGCAUCUUCACGCUCACAGUCUGGUGGGAAAACAGUGUGAUAAAGGCAUCUGCAUCUCCGACAUGCAGCCCAAAGACUCCAGCAUCAGUUUUCCUAAUUUGGGCAUCCUGCACGUGACCAAGAAGAACGUGAGUAAAGUGUUGGAGGAGCGCAUGAUGGAGGCCUACAGGAUGGGUUACAAUUACGGGAUCUUCAUCCACCCGGAGAUCGACGCGCUGCAGGGAGAAGUGCGCAUGCCCAGAGAACUCGGCGAGGCUGAGAGGAAUCUGAUCAGCACUGCAGCGUCUCAGCAGGCGAAGGAGAUGGACCUCAGUGUGGUUCGGCUGAUGUUCACUGCGUUUCUGCCAGACAGUGAUGGAGGAUUCUCACGCAGACUGGAGCCCGUCAUCUCUGAGCCCAUAUAUGACAGCAAAGCUCCGAACGCCUCCAAUCUGAAGAUUGUGCGGAUGGACAGAACCGCCGGCUGCGUGACCGGAGGAGAAGAGGUUUAUCUGCUCUGCGACAAAGUCCAGAAAGAUGACAUUCAGGUGCGCUUUUAUGAAGAUGACGAUUCAGGCUGGGAGGCGUAUGGGGAUUUCUCUCCUACAGACGUACACAGACAGUUUGCCAUCGUCUUCAAGACUCCUAAAUAUCGAGACCUGAACCUGCAGAAGCCCAUCUCAGUGUUCGUGCAGCUGAAGAGGAAAUCUGACAAUGAGACGAGCGAACCAAAGCCCUUCACCUACCAUCCACAGAUCAUCGAUAAAGAAGAAGUGCAGAGGAAGAGACAGAAGACCCUGCCUAACUUCCAGGACUACAGCGGAGCAGGAGGCGGAGCCGGGGGCAUGUUUAGAGGAGGAGGGGGCGGGUCUACAGCAGGGGGCGGACCCAGUGGUGGAGGUGGCGGAGGACAUUUCUUCCACGGGUAUCAAAAUUUUAAUAAUUUUGGGACUGGAUACAGCUGCUCCUCGGGCAUGGGAGGAGGCGGGACCAACAUCAAGCAUGCGCACCAAGAGCCAGUUGAAGACGGUGAAGAUGAUGAUGAAGAUGACGAUGAUGAUCCGGCAGCAGGAGGUGUUGUGCAGAUCUCUGAUCAUCCUGGAUUUACUAGAGUAAAAACAGAAGAUCUGGACGCCUCAGGAAGUGUGUUAGCGCCUCAUUUAGCUGAACUAGUGGGUCGACAUGCUGAAGCGCUCUUUCAUUACGCAGUAACAGGUGAUGCUCGACUGCUGCUGGCUCCACAGCGCCCCCUCAUGACCACUCAGGAUGAGGACGGAGACACGGGUCUGCAUCUGGGAGUUCUGCACAGUCAGGCAGAGGCUGUGAGGAAUUUAGCUCAGGUUAUUUCUACUCUUCCUGGAGAAGAUGUGCUCAACAUGAGGAACGACCUCUACCAGACUCCUGUGCAUUUGGCGGUGCUGACGCAGCAGCGAGCGGCGCUGGAGGCUUUACUGGAGGCCGGAGCGGAUAUAACCCUCACUGACCGACACGGAGACACGGCUCUGCAUCUGGCAGCUCAGCAGAAAGAGGACGACAUCAUACACACACUGCUGAAACACAGAGACGUGGAGCCACUGCACAUGGUCUACAACACUGCAGGUCUGUGUCCUCUCCAUCUGGCUGUGCUCUCCAACAGUCUGGUGUGUGUGCGUGCUCUGCUGGAUGCGGGUGUGGAUGUUGAGCUCCAGGAGCUCUCCAGCGGCCGCACUGCCCUCCAUCUGGCCACCGAGCUGGGCAACCUGUCGCUGGCCGGCUGCCUGCUGCUGGAGGGUAAUGCAUAUGUGGACAGUGUGACCUAUAACGGCUCUACAGCUCUUCAUAUUGCUGCCGGACGAGGCUCUACUAAACUGAGCGCUCUCCUCAUGGCCGCAGGAGCAGAUCCUCAUAAGGAGAACUGUGAGCCGCUGUUCUUCAGAGAUGAGGAGGAGGAGGAGGAGGAGGAUGAUGAAGGAUUUAUUCCUGGAUCUAGUCCUCUGAGCUUGGCCGUCUCUCCAGAGGUGUAUAAUAUUCUGAAUGGAGAAGAGUAUCAGCCCUCCACUGUUGUUGUUCCACCACAAGGAGACAUGCAGAGCCUAAGCUCCUCAGUGAAGCAGGAUCUGUGCUCUGCUCUGGACGGGCCCGCGGGCGGCUGGGAGACUCUGGCUGAUGUUCUAGGUCUCGGGAUCCUCAACAGCGCCUUCAGACUGAGCUCCUGUCCUGCUGGGAAACUGCUGGACAGCUAUGAGGUGUCUGGAGGGACGGUGCUGGAGCUGCUGGAGGGUCUGAAGCGGGUGGGAAACGGCAGCGCUGUAACUUUACUCCAGAAUAGUGUGUGUGAAGAGCCCAAGUCUGUCCACAACACAACACACAUCACAGGUGCAGGUGUGUGUAAAGCUCUGCAGGCUCUGGCUCUGGGUCCCGAAGAAAGCGGUGUUUGUGACAGCGGCGUGGAGACGUCCUUCUAGAGCCUCCAAACACAUCGAGGCCUGACCGAACACCAGCUCCACUACAGCAGCAGCCACCAAUCAACCACUCAGGACACGCCCCCCACACGCUGUGAUUGGCCACAACACUCCUCAGCCACACCCCCAAUGCAAAUGAGGGAACUCUGAGGCGAGAGAGUGGCCUUGGAGAUCUUUUUUUAGCUUCUAAUAUGAAUAAUAUGAAAAAGCUCGUGUUUUUGUUCAGUUUUAGCGAUAUGUUCGUGGUCGUUUUUGUUUAUUCGGGUUUAAGCACAAGUGUUGUUCGGAGCCCAGAUGUUACGUCUGUACUACUCAAUAUUUCACGCUUCACACUCCACAUUUUUUACGUUUUCAGGUCCUUUUGCUUAAACGUCUUUAGCGGUCCUUAUUGUAAGCGUCGACUCUUUAAUACAGGUGAAGUCUGAAUUAUUCGCCCUCCUGGAGGUUUUUCUUUUGUAAAUAUUUCCCAGAUGAUGUUGAACAGAUUCAGGAAUUUCUCACAGUAUUUCCUCUAAUAUUUGUUCUUCUGGAGAAAGUCUUGUUUGUUUUAUUUCGGCUAGAAUGAAAGCAGUUUUUAAUCGUUUUAAACCUUUUUAGGUUCAUUAUUAGCUCGUUAAGCAAUAUUUUGUGACCAAGCACCCUAUUUUAAUAGCUCAGUUUAGACUUCUUCUUCUUCUUCUUCUUCUUCUUGAAUGAAUCGCAUUUUUGAUGGUCUGAGCAUGCUCGAACUUUGCACACAUGUAAAAGUGUGGUGAAAUAUUCACGUUAGUUAUAGGUUUUGGAAGUGGGUGUGGUAAAAUGACAGCACCACCUGUGCACUUUUAACGGAGUGGCCCUCGAGCUACGUUUCAUGCACACGUACGAAAAUUGGCACACACGUCAAACAUGCCAAUACCUACAAAAAAGUCUCUUGGAGUGAAAUCGCAAACUUAAAAGGAAGUCAGAUAUUUUUAACUUCCUCUGCCAAAUCAGUGCUUUUGCAAUUUCCAGGCGUUGUAUUUUAAUCACCUCCUCUUAGGGAUUUUAUCAGAUCAACACCCAAAUUGGGUUUUGUCAUCUAAAGGCCUUGGUGAGGUUAAAUUGUGAAGAUCUAGAGUUUUCAUCAAGGGGAAAUGCCCUGUGAUGCAGGGCUAGUGCGUCCAUAGAGGCAACCCAGGCCCUCUCAGAACAGAGAGGGUGGAGUCUGUGACAUAACCCAACCCCUACCCCUGUCAUACGCGCAAUCACACCCCCGUCUUUCAUUUUCACUUUCGCUUUGAGGUCGGCAUGAUCAUGGUUUGCCUAGAGCACCAGUUGAGCUUGCUCCAGUCCUGCUUCGAUUAAAGCUCUAGAUCUUCGCAAAUGAAUGAAAGGAAGUUGUUAUAACUCAGGCGUGCAUCGUCUGAUCCUCCUCAAAAUUCACAUGUUUGAUAAGAGCCCUGACCUGAACACGUUUACAUGCUAAUAUUCUGUUACAGUCACAGCGCCACCUGCUGGCAACAGGAAAUGACAUAGUUUACAGUGUCCUCCUACAAAUGUUUUGUCAGCGGCUUUGCUGAAGGCCGUGUCCGUAGCGUACUGACAAAGUUCAGUGUUUCGUCAUGGAGGAGGAAGUACUUAUAACUCAGACAAACAAUGUCUGAUCUGCCUGAAAAUUCACAGGUUUGUUGAGAUUCCUCUCCUGAAGACAUCUGCACAGGGGUUUAGCCACCGGGGGGAAUACGUCCCCUUCAUUUUUAGAGACAGCCCAUUUAGAAACAGCUGAUUAAUAAUUAUAUGAAUGUAAACAUUUGGAUCAUUCAGCUGUCCCCCACUCUUUUAAAAUGUCCGCUACGCCCCUGCAUCUACAUGCCAAUAUUGAGUCACAGUCAUAGCGCCACCUGCUGACAGAAGGAAGAUUGGCAUAAAUCUGGGAUGCUUCUCAGUUUUUUAUAUAUAUCAGCUUAGGCCCAAUCCCAAUUCUCUCCCUUAGCCCUUCCUUUUACCCCUAGCCCUGGUUUUGCACCUUCAUGUGAAGGGGUAGGGGUGUCCAAAUUGUCUUCAUCUUGAAGGCGUAGGGUUAAGCAGAAGGGCUAGAUAGCCCGUGAAACUGAGGCCCUGUUUACACGAAUAUGUUUUAGUUAUAAAACGCACUAGUUUUGCUAACGUUACGCCAUCCGUCCACACUACGCCGGAGUUUUCGAGCGGCAAAAAUGGAGUGUUUUAGAAAUGCUGAAGAGGCUGUUUUUAUCCUGAAACGCUGCUGCUCUGUCUCUGUGUGGAUGGGGAAAACUGAGACAUCUGAAAACGGAGGCAGGGCUGCAGACAUUCUCCUCUCUGAUUGAGGCAUUUUCCUGUAUAUUAAGUAGCCCACACACAGUUCAGUCCUGCAUCCUCUCCUUAAGUUCAGACUUCACCAGUUUGAUAUGGAAAACAAACUCCCGAGGACACGUCGAGUAACUCUUCAAAGGGAACCGUGUAGUUUAUAACCUCACCCACAUCAGCCCGGCUACACGGUUUCACUAUCUUAACAAUAAAAUGAAGACAUGAUAUGAGGAACUGCCUAUUUUCAUUUAGAUAUUAGCAACUUAACAGACAGCAGAAAUGUCGAGGCGUCAUGUAGCUGCAUAUUUAUACGAGCGUCAUCUUCAUUGUGUGCAUAUUUAUAACAAAACAGAGCCGAUAACAUCACCUCCUCCUUUAAUUGUCAUUGAAAAUAUGAAACAUAUCCUCUCUUUUGCUGAAUAUCAGUAUUAAUAAUCAAUAAUGGCCAUUAUAACAGUAUAACGCACAAUAAGUUUAUACAUUAUAGGGAAUAAAGGCAAACGAUUAGUCAAAUGUGCAGAAUCAGUGUCCGCGCUUACAUUAUUCACGUAUCUUUGCGCUCAGCCAAAACACGUCACCUGAGAACAAUCACAGAUUCAAAAGACCGAAGUCAGGGAAUAUGUGGUUAUAUAUAGACAACAAGAUGAAUUAAAUAUCACGUUUAACAAAUAUAGUGAGAUUAUAUCCAGCGGUAGCUCCUUGAUGAGCACAGCUCUCAUCUGGCUAGAUAUGCUGCCGCGCAUGCCAAAGUGUGUGUGUGUGUGUGUGAGGUUACAUGAUGUGCGUUUUCAUUGGUGUAAUGUAGACUGAGCGUUGUUCAGAAACGCUGGGUGAAACACUAGUUUUCAUUCUAAAACGCCGCUUUAAAACUAAAACGUACUAGUGUAAACGGGCCUGAGAUUUUUCAGGACCACACUUGAAACCAAGGGGUGAGAGAAUUUCCCAGAAUACACCAGCCACAACUGCAGAAUAGCUGCACCCAGAAGAAAGGAGAUCCACAAAUGAGUAUUUUUUUUUUUUGGUCAUUAUUACAAAUCUUUACAACAAACAAGCAGAUGUUUUAAUAUAUUCAUAACUGUGUUCAUGUUUUACAGUCAUGCUUUAAAAAAAACUAAAUCUGCCGAUCUAUAAUCUAUAAUCAUAACUCCUAUACAGCACUCCCACAACAUAGUCACUCGAUGACACUGGAAUCCCCUGUCAGAAUCGUCUAGUAGCUGAGAAUGAGCUGUUUACAGCGUCUGCUAUAAUGUUAAUGUUGUUCUGGUGUGUUUACACAGAUGAAUAUGGCCACUGUGUAAACACACAGUACUGUUAUGAUCUUAUAGCCACAUUAGAUCAUUAUGAUAGCAUGAUAUAUGCCUUCAGUGAUCUCCUGAAGAUAAACACUGAAGAAUAACACAACUGGAAUAACUACAGCAGUCGCCAUCGUCUGAGCUCAUAUGAAGUAAGAGAUUGAUGACGUGUGCAGGUGCUGUCCCACUGCUUAGGGGUAAAUACUGAAGCCCUUCCCCUUCACACUCAAGGGAAAGGGUACAAAAACAGAAUUGGGAUUGGGUCUUAAAUUAUUAUGGUCCACUGUUCUCUGUCAUCUUAAGGCCACCGGG